AUGGGGAACGCCACAUCGGCUCCUCGUGCCUCGGCGAAUAACGAGCUAAUGGAGGAAACAAGGAAUACGCCGGCUGGUGCAGGAACAGCAGUUGACGGAACAGGCGCGGAGGGUAUGGGUUCGCGACUGGCGAGACGGAAUGCCCAGUCAUUAAGGAUCGCAGGCCAGCGGGCCAGCACCCUUUACGACAGUUUUCGACGCCAUCGAUCCGCCGAGUCAGUCACAUCCCGUCCGAAUGCAGGCCAUUCGUCGUCCUUGCCUUCCGAGACCGAGUACGAACAGGAAAACAGACCGUUGGUAGGUGGAGAGGAUGUGGACAUGCCAGAUGCAGAUGCCAUCGCGACACCUAUACUGUCGCAAUCCCCCAGCAGGAGAAGGUCAACAAUGUCAAGAUUGGGAUCACGCUUGCUUCCAGAUUCGGUUGCAAGAGGUCUGCUAAACAGCGGAGAAGAGACCGCAGAGGAGGGCCAGGCGUUGCGUCAUGGAAUCUCAGGAAGGCUGCGCCCGUCUGUUUACGAGCGGCCACCGAAUUCAGAUUCGAACAGUCGAGUGUCACUCACGGGUUCCAUCAGACGACGAGGGGAGAACCGAACUGAAACCAGACGACGAGCAAUUCGAGGACCGUUUCCUGCUCUACAAAGCGUGAAUCAACACCCCGAGGCGAGUGAUCCAUGGCCAGAAUCUAUGGAUGGUGAUCUGCGCGAGCUGCCCCAGCCUGCCGCUUCUGGCUUACGGCAUCGAAACAGGUUCAGCAGAGUUCGGGAUUCGAUGUCAAUCUCUCAACGGAUUUCAAGUCUAUUCCGGCAGUCCACAGAGCAACUUCAGUCUAGUCAGGCAGGCCGAGAGUCUCCUUCGCGGCCUACCCGGGUGACAUUCGCCGAUGAGUCUGAUCAUCUCCUUCCAUCUAUCGCUUCCGCUGACCAACGUCACGAAAAUGACGAUGCUCCUCAUGAGCUCGAUGCAGUUGAGCCUGAAGCUCGGACCCUCCUCGCCGGGCCCCGAGUAACUUCGGGAAUGAGCACAAUUAGACGCUUCCAGCCUGGCCUUCGUUCACGGUCAACAAGACUCAUACGAAGAGGAGAGCACCCGCCUCUUUCACAAGUCCUCCAGCUCGCUGCUGCUGCUAUCGCGGCCCAACUUUCAGGUCAUGCCACAGCCGGUUCUACAGGUGCCCGCCACAUUGGUGGUGACACUUUUGAUGGAAGUAUCCAAAAUUUUGUACAAACUCUUCAAGAAGCGGCGACGGCCCAGGCUGGAGAAAACAUCGAUGUGAACGCAGCGGACGGCGAUCUGCCGCCUGUCAACUUUAUGAGAGUAUUCCAAUUUCCAAACGACGAGAAUGGUUCGCCCAUUGCUUCGCAAGCAGAAUCGCGGGAUGUUGACCAGAUGGAUCUGGAUUCUAUCGCAGGACCCGGUGAAAGCGAUAGGUCCGUAACCUUAGUCCUUGUUGGGGUCCGAUCCCUCCCCCACGGCCAGGACAGCACUGGCGGUGAGAAUGGUACGCUAGGCCCGAGUCUUGACACUCUCUUGAGCCUGCCUUUCUUGCCCCCUGCCAAUGUUCUACGGAAUGGAAGCUCUGGGGCAUUGUUUCGGCGCUCGGAUGGAAGGAAUAGAUCAAGCACCCGGCGACACUCAAUGACCAACUUCAGCUUUCCCGCUCAAUAUGAGUCGCAGAGACAUCAACGCACCCGAACACAGACCAGCCGCUUGUCCAGCCAUUCGGAUCAGACUGUCCCUACCACGCCCGAGGCAGGUGCUUCCUCUACCUUGGUCUCAGAAACUCCUCCCGGUCCCAUUCCUCCCCCUUCGACUCCGGCAGACAUCAGAAGUGGCCAUGCUACUCCAAUUCGACGACCAUCCUCAGCAUCGGCGGCACCUAAUCAGCAGCUCUCCGAACUCGAUGAGGAUCGUCCGCAAGAAGAUGCCGACAGCCGUGUCCCAGAACCUUCUUUCAACACCGCUCGUCAACGAAGACGAAGUGACUCUGAGUUUGCCCGGCGGCCGGAGCUGGGGUCGGGUGCGGCAAGACGCAAUGGGAUGGUGGAACCGGAUCCUCCGCCAGCAGGGGCUGGGCGAAGUUGGCUGAUCUACGUUGUGGGCACCAACGUUUCGGCGACUCAUCCUGCCUUUGCUAUGCCCAGCUUGUUUACUGACAAUCCAUCCUAUGAGGACAUGCAGAUGUUGUCAACUCUCCUAGGUCCUGUCAAGCCACCCGUUGCAACUCAGGAAGAUGUGAGUGCAGCUGGCGGAGUCUUCCGGCUUGUCGUCCAAGGCUCCGGCUUUCUUGGGGAAUCCGUCUCAGAUGGCGAUCAGUCAUCACUCAUAAUCAAUAUGGGAGAACGAUGUCUCAUUUGCUUAUCAGACUACGCAGAGUCAGAAGAAGUCCGCCGUUUGGACAAAUGCAAGCACGUCUACCACCGCGAAUGUAUCGACGAAUGGCUCACAACUGGUCGGAAUAGCUGUCCCAUGUGCCGUGGCCAGGGGGUGCAGGAAAAAUGCACGUCUUCUACUUCCACAACGAAUGCAGGAACAGCUUCCUCAACUACCUCAUGA